AUGGAGAGGUAUAAGGUAGUUAGGAAGGAAGCGAAGCUGGCGGUCACGGAGGCUAAGACUGCUGCUUAUGGUCGUAUGUAUGACGAACUAGGGGAAAAAGGCGGGGAGAAGAAGUUAUUUAGGCUGGCCAAGCAGAGAGAGAGGAAAGCUCGAGAUUUAGACCAAGUGAGAUGCAUCAAGGACGACGAUGGUAGAGUAUUGGUGGAAGAUUCCCAGAUAAAGAGGAGAUGGCAGACCUACUUUCAAAAACUUCUUAAUGAAGUAGGGGAUCGGGGUAUUGUGGCUAGGCGCAUCAAGGUCGAGGAGAUCGUAGGAGCUAUGAGUAAGAUGUGUGGGGGCAGAGUGACUGGGUCUGACGAGAUUCCAAUAGAAUUUUGGAAGUGUGUGGGAAAAGCGGGUUUGGAAUGGCUGACUAGGUUGUUAAAUGUUAUUUUUCACUCGAAGAGGAUGCCGAUGAGUGGAGGUGGAGCACGGAGGUUGGCGGAACAGUACAGAGAUAGGAAGAAAGACCUGCACAUGGUGUUUGUUGACCUGGAGAAAGCGUAUGACAAGGUUCCUAGAGAAGUUCUCUGGAGAAGCUUGGAGGCAAAAGGCGUGUCGGUCCCCUAUAUUAUGGUGAUUAAGGACAUGUAUGAUGGGGCAAAGACUCAGGUUAGGACAGUAGAAAGCGACUCUAAGGAUUUUUCGGUUGUCAUGGGGUUACACCAAGGUUCUGCGCUUAGUCCGUUCUUAUUCACUCUGGUGAUGAACGUGUUAACACACAACAUUCAAGGGGAUAUGCCAUGGUGCAUGUUGUUCGCCGAUGACAUAGUUCUAAUUGAUGAGUCGCGAGUCGGUGUUAAUGAGAGGCUGGAGCUUUGGAUACAGGCUCUGGAAUCUAAGGGUUUUAAGCUUAGCAGGAUGAAGACGGAAUACCUGGAGUGUAAGUUUAGCGCUAAGCAGGGGAAAUGGGCGUGGAUGUGA